UGUUAUAAUCAUUAGUGGACUGCUGAACCAGUGGACUUGUUAUCUAAAUCUGAUAACAGAAAUAUACUCUUGCUCUUGUCUCUUUGAGCGUUGGCGCGUCAUUCUAGAAUUAGAGAGUUAUGUGUGUUUUCUGAUAGUGUUAAUUGCUUGAUGAUAUUUAAAACGAGCACUUGUUUAAUAUUGGUACUAUUUCUGUAAAGUCAAGUCUUGAAUAGGACUGUACCUAGAGAUCUUCUAUUAGUUAAAGUUUGUUGUGAGGAUAAAGAAGGCUAAACUAUUGUCAGAUUUUACAUGGACAAUCAAUCAAUCAAUCAAUCAUCUUUAUUCAUAUUUGCACAAGAAACAAAAUAUGUCAUAUGGAAAGGUGAAGAAUAAGUUAAAGGAUAAAACUACUCCAAUCAAUAAACCAACUAGUGCUGAAACUGAACAAAACAUGGUUGAAAAGGUGAAGGAUGAAACUACUCCGACCAGUAAACCAGCUAGUGCUGUAAAUAUUGAAUACAACUGUACAGAGUUGUUUGAGGCUCUCAAGUAUAUCCACAGUGCAGCAGAAUGCUAUAGUUGUCACAAACCUCUUCGUUCGGCCCGGGUCUGCCUCAACGGCCACGGAAUCUGCCUGGCUUGCAAGACCCGCUCCAACCGGAUGUGCCCCAUUUGCAAGGUUUCUGUGACUGAUAUUAAGCCUGUCAUGCUUGACCAAAUCAUAAAGCGGCUCCCACGGAUUUGCAAGUUCUUCCAGAAAGGUUGCGAGAGUCUUGUGUUGGUCAAUGACAAUGAUCACGAGACAUUCUGCCGCUAUCGCCAAACAGAAUGUCGUAUACCUCAGUGUGGGUGGAGAGGUGUUGCAGGGAAGCUACUGGAACAUCUGGAGAGUGUCCACGCCAAGGAUCUGGUUCGCACCGCCUCCGAAUCUAAAAUAUUGAUGUCCUUCAAUACCAAGAUGAACAGGGAGGGUCUGUGUGUGAUCAUCGCUUACAACAACAUCUUCUGGCAGCAUGUCCGUGUUCGGGCGGGCAGGCUGGUACAGUUCUACCAAUACGUACCGCUUGAGAAACCGAAAGAGAAGUUUGCUGUGAUGGUCACCUUUCACACACCUGAGACCAACUAUUCUAGCACCAUUCCGGUCCACAGCGAUGCCUUCGACUUCUACAGUCUGUUCAAAGACAAAGAGUCCUUCCACCUACCCAAAAAAAUAGCUCUCUCCUUCAACCAGUUCCAUAGUGGAGUGCACUACUCCACGGAGAUAAUUAAAAAACCUUUGUAGAUCACUUGCUCUACAACAUACACAUUAAGCAAUUAUUCUGAAAAAGAGUAAUAUAUGCUGUAGGACAUCUUUGAUUGAACAGCUCAUUUUAGUCUCCAUAUUCUCUUAUUUUAUCUAGUAUUCUCUCUGAUUUCCCACGAAAUCAAUCAAUAUUUUAUAUUUUAAUAAGUGCCUUAGUAAUAGUUUUGUCAGAUAUUUUUUGAAGUAUUAGUCUACAAUUUUUCAUAAGAUUUGUUUUUAACAAGUUGAUAAUCGCUGUGUUUUAUAACUAUGUUGUUACUUUUGUACGUAUAUUUAAAUAUAAGAUAUCUAUUAUCUAUGGUUUCUUUUUUGGAACUUGAAAGUUUCAUUGCUAAUAUUGUUUUGGAUAAGUAACUGUUAUCCUAAUAAUUACUAAUAGCUGGGCAAAUAUAACUUCUGCCUAGAAUAUAAUUGAAAAAUAUGUUCCUCAAAAGGCUGUUAUUCUUUUAUUUAAGUUUUAAGAAUAUUAUAUAUUGUUAAACGUAUGACACUGCAUACAAAUAAUGUCAUUUUUAUCUAUUUUAGUACAAUAUCCACAUUGUACAAUAAUGUGCCUUAAUAAAUUUGUGUUAAUGCAUCUUUAAUCUUUUAACAUGCAUUUUGCAUUACUAGCUCCCAUAUUGUACAAUAAUGUGCCUUAAUAAAUUUGUGUUAGUGCAUUUAUGAUAUUUUUAACACAUUUUACAUUAUUAGCUCCUAAAAAUUACACUAUAUUUCAGGUUGUAGUAUCUAUCACCACCAUUAUUCAGGCAUUAGAACAAAUACUCUUAAACACACAAUGUUUAAAAUAACCUAAGAUGGUAUAAGGCUUUUAAUAACCAAAUAACAUAAAAUAUAUUUUCCCACAGUAUUUACUAGAGUAUGUGAUUACAAACAUAAACAAAUCAAAUAUUGUUGUAUACUUGUAUUGAUAUUUUACUAUAGAAAUAAGCCAAAGAAUAUUAAGUAUUAUAAGUAUACAUUUAUGUAAGUAUUACUAUGCAGUUAACAUGUAUACUGAUUUAUCACUUUAGCUCAUAUAUACCAAAGUGCACCUACAACCUACUGCAAAGGUGAACUUUUAUUAUUGGUUGCAAGAGCAAUAAGUUUAUUUUAUCUUAUUUGUAUUUGUAUUUUUAACCAAUAAAUGACAAUUUACAUUG